UUCAUUUGAUUGACAGCCCGCGCACGCAAUCCUGGCUUAGCCCCGCCCCCUUCACCUGCUCACUCAGCACAGAGCGAGUCUGAUACACAACGCUGCAGUAUUGAGAUGCACUUUAAUUCGACUUCAUGUGUUUGUGGACUUUAUGGAAGUGAGCUGGGAUUAAAGACAUAAAUGUGCUCUUCUGAUGCCGACUCCUGAUUGAGAGCUAAUUGAUGAUUUUGACCUGCUGAUUCCAAGCAUACAGACAAGUUUCCUAAGACAUGGACGACUCCAGUGAGGCCUAUUUAUGCAUAAACGAUCCCAACGGCAACAGAGCCGUCCACUGGCCCGAAUCCCACGCUCACCAGGAGCAGGAGAAGUUCAGGAGGAAGCUCAAGUAUUUCUUCAUGAACCCCUGUGACAAGUACAAAGCUCGCGGAAGAAAACCCUGGAAACUGAUACUGCAGAUCGUCAAAAUCGCUGUGGUCACCAUUCAGCUGGUGUUGUUUGGUCUCAGUAAUCAGAUGGUGGUUCAGUUUAAGGAGGAGAAUCUGAUGGCGUUCAGGCAUCUGUUCCUGAAGAGCUUCACCGACAGCAGCACCGACACUUACUCCGUUUACACGCAGCGUGACGUCUACGCGCACAUCGCCUACACCGUGAAGCAGUUUCUGAUGUUGCCAAGUAUAACGGUGGGAAACCAUCAAUAUGAGAAGGAAGGUGAUGUUUACACUCCGCUCACCAUCUGCCAGCAGUUCUACCGCAACGGCAGCAUCUCACCAGCCAACGAGACCUUUGACAUUGAUGCUCAGGUGGAUGAAGAGUGUUUGCAGAUUUACCCAGUACCUCCCUUCUCAGCUUUAACAACAAACCUGCUGAACUUUACUCUGCACUUUGAGAGGUUAUUGACAGUGACUGUAAAUUUCACUCUGAAAGCCAUUAACCUGGAGACGGUUGAGUAUCACGAGCUUCCGGACUGUUAUGUCUUCGACAUUAUGAUCACCUUUGACAACAAGGCCCACAGCGGUAGAAUCACGAUCGACCUGGACAAUGACGUGCACAUCUAUGAAUGCAGAGACUGGAGCGUGACUGGAAUUCUCAUCAUCACUCUGCGAGCGGCGUUACCGAACGUCAUCCGCUUCACCUGCUGUGCUGCCAUGAUUUACCUCGGCUACUGUUUCUGUGGAUGGAUCGUACUGGGACCCUACCACACCAAGUUCCGGACGCUGAACGUUGUUUCCGAGAGUCUGUUUUCCCUCAUCAACGGCGACGACAUGUUCGCCACCUUCAAGAACAUGCAGCAGAAGAGUGACGUGGUGUGGCUCUUCAGCCGCCUGUAUCUCUACACGUUUGUGUCUCUGUUCAUCUACAUGGUGCUCAGUCUGUUCAUCACGCUCAUCACCGACACGUACGACACCAUCAAGCAUCAGCAGCUGGAUGGGGAGCCCGUGUCGGAUCUGCAGGCGUUCAUCAUGCAGUGUAAAGAUCCUCCAGAAUCGGGCUGCUUCAGUGCGGAUGAGAGCAGCAGCGGCGGUGGAUGUCUGAUGUGCUGCUGCUCACGCAGAACUCACGGCUCUGAUGAGGACACAGACUGAACAUGAAGGCUUCUGUGAUUGGGAUGAGUGGCAUGUAUGUAAGUUUGGUUUGAAAGUGAGAAUAUGUGUUUGUUUGGAGAUGAAGUGUAUAUAAAUAUACAAAAGAGAAACAGCAGAGUAGAUUAUAUGCUGAGAAAGGCAUUUAGGAAAGAAUAUGUAGAGUAUUUUGCAUUAUAAGUAGUUUGUUGACAUGCAAUUUUAAGUAGAUGAAGUUGUACUAGUGGGCAAAGACACCUGUUUGAAAGUAGUUAUUUCCUACUGAAUUCACAUAUCACCUUGUAACAUUCAGCUGUUUGUUUUUAUUGAAAUAUAUUUGGAGGUGGUCUUACUGUUAUCAAUGUAUUAUGUUGUUUGUGUAGAUAAAAGCACAUUUUCUUUGAUUAAGAGAAGUUUGCUGUAGUCGUGUUUUAUUGUUGAGCUCUUGACUUGAGAGAAAUACGCUGUACAUUAAUGAGUUUAUACUAGCAACAUGUUGCUUAACUGCUAGUGAGACCAAGUGAUUGAAAUGUGACCAAACUACCUGUUUACAUUUAUAGAAGUUGUGGCAAGUUCUUAAAGGGGAACAAAGUAGACGAG